AUGGGUGAUGAUUUAGAGGAAAUUACCAAAGUCAAACAGUUUCUGGACAAUCAGUUCAAAAUUAAAGACUUAGGCAAUCUCAGAUAUUUUCUAGGCUUUGAAGUAGCCAGAUCUAAAGAGGGCUUGGUGCUAUCUCAGAGGAAGUAUGCUCUGGAUUUGAUUGAAGAGGCUGGGUUACUUGCUAGUCAACCUGUUAGUACACCCAUGGUGCCGGGCACAAAGUUUCCAGCACUCACAGAUCAGCCUUUCUCCGAUAUUUCAGGUUACAGAAGGCUCAUUGGACGGUUACUGUAUCUUACAAACACCAUGCCUGACUUGUCCUUUGCUGUGAGCACCUUAAGUCAGUUCCUUUCCACUCCAAUGAAGGAGCAUCAUGAAGCUGCCAUGAGAAUUUUGAGAUAUCUUAAACAGCAACCGGGUCAAGGCUUAUUCUUUUCAGCUGACUCUUCUCAUAAGCUUACAGGAUUUUGUGAUUCAGAUUGGGCCUCCUGUGUUGACACCAGAAAAUCAGUUAUAGGGUACAAUUUGUUUUAUGGUUCUUCCUUGGUUAGCUGGAAGUCAAAGAAGCAGAGUACAAUUUCUAGAUCUUCCUCAGAGGCUGAAUAUAGAGCCAUGGCCACUACCGUUUGUGAAAUACAAUGGCUAUUGUAUCUUCUUGAGGAUCUUCAGCAACCGAUUCAGAAACCAGUGGGCAUUGUUUUGUGA